AUGAGCGAUUGGGACACAGUCACCAAGAUCGGCAGCAAAGUGCGAGGAGCGGGCGCCAGUGAACGAGAGACGACAGUCCGAGGCAAGAGCGCACUGAACGCCGCACAGCGAAGCGGAGCAAUAGUAGGGACGGAGAAGAAGUUCUCCACAGCAAACGCCGGCGCCAACCCCGAAGGCCAACGCCUCACCAAAGUCGACCGCGCAGACGGGCCGGUAGCGACGAAAAAGGUCCCCGACGACGUCUCCAAAGCCCUCGCCGCGGCGCGCACCAGCCUGAAGAACCAAAAGGGCCAGACGAUGACGCAGAAAGACCUGGCGAGCAAGGCCAACGUCGACGUCAAGUAUGUUGCGGACCUCGAGCGCACGGGCGCCGACUUCCCCAGCAUGGAUGUGGUGUUGAAGCUGCAGAAGGCGGCGAAUGUGCGGUUGACGGGGAGCAACAUUGGGGAGCCGAUGCUGGGGCCGAAGAAGAAGUAG